AUGAAGUUCACUAUCUUGCUGAGCCUACUGCCACUCUCGAACGCCCUGGUACUCGCUCGCUCCGUCCAGGAACGCAGCAACUUUGCGCAUCCCGGACUCCUCCACACAGCAGCCGACUUUUCCAGAAUCACGAGCAAGGUCAAGAGUAAAGCGGAACCAUGGCUCACCGGAUGGAACAAGCUGGCCGGCAGCUCAUACCGGUCGCUGAGCUACAACCCCAGUCCACAGGCGACCGUGUACCGCGGCAGUGACGGGACUCACUCGGAGAACUAUGCGUCGCUGUACAGGGACAUUGCUGCUGCCUAUGUCAACGCCAUCUACUGGAAGGUGACCGGCGAGACGGCCUACGCGGACAAGGCAGUCAGCAUCCUCGACGCCUGGGCUUCCUCUCUGACCGGCAUCUCUGGGUCAUCGGACAACGGCUGGUCUGCGCAGAAUGUCGCCAAGUUCCAGAACAUGAUGGUCAAGGUCUUCUACCCGCUCAACCACAUCUUCCUGGAAGGGCACAACGGCGCCGCCAUCGACCACUACUGGGCGAACUGGGACUUAUGCAACAUCGCCUCGAUGAUGUCCAUCGGAGUGCUGACCGAUAAUCACACCAUGUACGACGAGGGCGUCAACUACUUCAAGACCGGGGCUGGAAACGGACAGAUAGAAAAGAUGAUUUGGAAGCUCUACCAGGUGGACGGGCAGACGCUGGGACAGGGACAGGAAGCGGGCCGGGAUCAGGGCCAUGCGAUGCUGGAUUUCGCUUUGCUGGGGGCUAUUGCCCAGACGGCGUAUAAUCAAGGCGAUGACUUGUUUGGAUAUUUGGACAAUCGCAUUCUCGCGGGAGCCGAGUACGUCGCCAAGUACAAUCUGGGCAAUAAUGUGCCCUAUACAACCUACACAAAUAGCGACGUUACUCAGACCGUCAUCAGUGAUGCCAGCCGUGGGGAUAUCCGGCCCAUGUGGGAGCUUCUUUACAACCAUUACGGAGUGUUGAAGCGAUUGAACGUCAAGUACACCAAGCAAUAUCGUGACCUGGUCGUGGAAGACGGCGCUGGUGCGGAAGGAGGCGGAGGAGACUAUGGACCAAACAGUGGAGGGUACGAUCAGCUGGGAUACGGGACUUUGAUGUAUACUUGUAGUUAA